ACUGCUUCUCCGGAUAGCUGGGAAGCGCUGAGAUUUCAUCUGGGUGUCGAGUCCUUCAGAGGGAUGAUUACCUGCUAUUUUACCCUAAAGACCUCGGGAGACCCAUGAGAAUUCUGCUCACGUAGCCUUCUCGCCCGAUUCCUGGUAUUUAAUUUUCUUAUUUUUAUUUUUUUGGUGGGGUAAAAAAUUAUUUGAGAAACACAACUCCUUCCAAGGUCAAUCCCGUGAUUUGCUGUGGAAUGGAAAGGUCCAGAAGGGAGAAGGGGAAGAAGGACACACUCUCCUGAAUGAACAGGCAUUCCUAUGGGCUCAACAGUGAGCGGUUAUGUGUGAAAACAGAGGGCUCAUUCAGCCGAGGUAGGCCUCAAAAUCUACAAGGUAACGGUUACUCCCGGUCUCAGUCAAACGCUGCCAGUGGUUGGGCUGUUUCCAAUUCCUAAUAAACUUAAGAGUGAUUAAAAAAGCGAGCUUAUUUAUCGUUUCUUCAAUCUCUCUUUUCUAUUGGAAAAGCUGGAAGAUUUUUGUGGAAGGACGGGGCAGCCGGGGGUGGCUGUUUAGACAGGGCAAAGAGCAGCUGACUACGAGCGAGUUCUUGAAAGUUCAAGUAUUUAAUUCGGUCCCUUUGGGAUUUUAAUCUCGGGAACCAGUUGGGUCGAUCUGUUUGCAGUGUAGCCAAGAAGCCAUUAGGGACCCUCUUCUUUUAAAUAAGAGUCCGUGAGUGCAGAGAGAGCGCGAGAGAGCGAGCAAGGAAGCUGAGGCCGAGGGAAGAGUUUAAAUCAUGAAACUAAUUCUCUUCUCGGUUUUAGCCCUUACUCUCUGGGGCUGCUCUUGGGGGGCCAAGAGAGAAGCGCUAGAGAAACCCAACGGGAAGGUGGGUUCCCAGCAGGAGGGGUCGAAGGAGGAUCAGGGCGCGGCCGAGACGAAGGAGUCCAGGCCGACUCCGAGCCCGACGAAGCAACGACCCACAUCUGAGUCGACCUCGCCGCGUCCUGGACCCGGCCUCCCGGAAGCGUUCGCAAGGCCCAAGCCUGAGAGAUCGCUCGAAGAGCAUGGCACCCCAGAGAAGCGAAAGGAAGUGAAGACGCAGAAGCAGAGAGUAGCACCCCAACUCAAGGGCAGAAAACCUCAGGUCAGAGUUCAAGGGCAAAAGAAAACAGGACAACUUCCCUCUCAGCCAAAAAAGGAAACCAAAAAACCCAACUGGGGCUUCCCCAGGAAAGGAAUUGCGAUAAAAAAGGGCCAGGCGACCCAGAAAGAGACCACCAAGAGAAGUCACGAAGCUGCUGCGGCUAGGAAAAAAAAAGAAGAGAAAGCCGUGUUCUCCAAGCAAGUUCUCCCGAGAACGAACGUGGCUGUGCCACAAGAGGUAGCCAGCUCCAAAGGGGAAGGGAAAAGGAAGAAGCAGGAAGACAACGGCGCAAAAAAACUGGGCCGGAAGAAACCGUUCAAAGGGGAAAGGCAACAGAAGGCAGCCCCCAAAGAGGCAGUCAGACAGCCUGUCCAGACCCGCAAUGCUACUGAGCCAGAGAAAGGGAAGAGAGGAAGGAGAAAGGAAUCGGGACGUGACAGAGACGGUCCCACGUUGGCUCCCAAGAAGGAGGAUGCCCCAGUGCCUAACGUCCCUUUGGUUUUUGGCCCUUCGGUCGUUGGAGAGUCACAGCCAGGAGGGCAGGUACCCAUGCCUUCCCUCCCCACCACCUGCCUCCUGUCAGAGUCCGCCAUCGCCUGCGGAAACGUCAAGAUGAAAUUCAUUCCUGUCCUCGCUGACGCAGGGUUAAAAACUCUCUACUUGGCAGAGAAUGAGAUCGCGAAGAUCCCGGCAGAUGCCUUCUCCGGCCUGCCCAACCUGGAGUGGCUGGACCUCAGUAAAAACAAACUGGACUCCCAAGGGCUGCACCCUGAUGCUUUCAAGAACCUAGCCAAACUGAAGCGGCUGAAUCUGGAUGGGAAUUCUCUGGCCACGAUCCCUUCCUUACCGUCGUCACUCCAAGAGUUAAAAUUGAACGACAAUGACCUCCAGGGCCUACUACGGCAGAGUUUCCGGGGACUGUUCAAGCUGCUCACCCUAGAGGUAGAGGGAAACCACUUACAUGAUGGAAACAUCUACCCUUUGACCUUCAAGCCUCUCCGGAGCCUCAUCUACUUGAGAUUGGAUCGGAACCGCUUACGGGCAAUCCCGUCGGGCCUGCCUCCCUCCCUCCAGGAGCUGCACCUCGAUACCAACCACAUUGAAGAGGUGACGGAGGGAGUGUUGAACAAGACGCUGAACCUAAGCGUGCUGGUCCUGAGCAACAAUCGGCUCCAGGAAGACCGUAUAGCUCCCCGUGCCUGGAUAGACCUGCCGAAACUGGAGUCCUUGGACCUGUCGUACAAUCGCCUGGUUCACGUGCCUUCCUUCCUGCCCCGGGGGCUGAAGCAGCUGACUCUCCACCACAACCGGAUCGAGCGCAUCCCCGGCUACGUCUUUGCUCACAUGAAGCCCGGGCUCGAGUUCCUCCACCUGUCCCACAAUAACCUGCGGGAUGACGGCAUCCACGGCGUGUCCUUCCUGGGGCUUCACUGGUCUCUGGCGGAGCUGCUGCUGGACAACAACGAGUUCCGGGCCAUCCCCCGGGGCAUCCUGAACCUGAAAUCCCUGCAGGUGCUGCGCCUCAGCCACAACAAGAUCAGGCACGUCCCUCUUAAUUCCAUCUGCGACACCCGGGUGGCUGAGGACUCCAAUCUGAUCUCCAUGCACCUGGAGAACAACCUCAUUGACCGGCGCCGGAUCCCCCCGACGGCCUUCUCCUGCAUCAAGGCCUACCACAGCGUGGUCCUCCGGCCCCAGCAGAAUGAAGAGGACUACUAGGGAAGACCCCUCUGGGCAACCCCGUAGCAGCCCUCCAGCUCGGCUUUCCCCAGCCUCUCUACCCUGGAUUCUGUGCUCCUCACACCGCCUCCCCGGAGCCCUCAACGCCUCCACGGUAGGUCCCGCUGCUUCGUCAACCGGGUGGGCAAAGCGCUUCGCCCCGGAAUUCCAAAUUCUGCUUUCAGCGACACCUGAAAGGGCACCGCAUGUUGGUGCUCGCCGUGGAAGAUUUUGGCCGACGGAACCCUUGUUCAUUUUUUCCCCUCUAGAGUUACACAAACUGACUACACAGUUUCAUCAGGCAUCGUAACUUUUGCUCUGGCCCAAAAAAUUAUUCGCACAGGCUCUGGACGACUCCGACCGGAAGCCAAAAGAGUGGGGUUCUAAACCCGACCUUGCCACGGUCUCUCUCCGUGAUCUCGGGCAAGUCCCUUGGCUUCUCUGAGCCUUCAUUUCCCAGUAUCGGAUCAAAUGGAGUUAAUAACCCCUACCACACAGGGAUAAUGGCGGGGGCGGGGAACACGAUAAUUGAAAUCAGAGAUAUGAAACACUUUGAGUUCUUCGGAAGAAAGGUGCUAUACCGGUCCAAACUAUUACAACUCUCCAUUCCUAGGAUUAGCGAUGGUGGGGAUGGAGAAGAUCUUUCCAGUUACGUUUCGGUUACGUUUCCCCCUUGCGUAGCCGAAGAGCAGUGCGAGAUUGUUUCCCACAGAACGGUCUGAAUUUGCAGUGUAAAUGUCCCAAGCAGUGGGGCUUCCACCACUUCAAACGUCCAAACAACUAUCACUUUAAGAAAAAAUGUUUCUCAACAGCCAUCCUAAAUUUUCCCCUUUGAUCUAGACCUCUCCGGCUCUCCGAAUCACAGGCAGAGGUGGGAGUGGAAACUUUCUUUUUCUGAAAAACCUGCCCGGCGCUAAAAAUCAUCCGCACGCUUUCACAUCGCUGAGCUUAGUGGAGAGGCCUAAAGAUCCUAGAUCUGUCUUUCACCCCUCUCUCUCUCCCCACUGAUUUCCUCCGAUAGUUCUAGCAGUUUACCCUUCCAAGUUGUUUCAGCCCUGUGUACCUUCACGAACUUCCAACCUUUGUUUUUUUAAUGGUAUUUGUUAAGUGCUUACUAUGUGACUGGCACUGUACUAAGUACUGGGGUGCAUACAA